CACCGGCCCCGGUAUUUAAAGUGCGCUCUGGCAUGGAGCAGCCUGCACUAAAGUCAAAGGGAUUCUAAGCUAUCUGCAGCUUUCUAAUGUGAAUGGGCGUCUCAGUGAGGAUUUAGAAGUCACUCAAAGAUGGAAAAAGUUCGCUGCAACAUGACAGAGUUUUGGAAGGAGCACUCCAAGGAUGCCACAGUGGAGGAGAUGAUGCUGGAUUCUCGAGCCAAGGAGCUGACUGAGUACGAGCUGCCGGAGAUCCUCUCCAUGCUGCCGCCUCUGGCUGGCUACCGCGUGGUGGAGUUGGGAGCCGGGAUCGGUCGUUACACCAGCCACCUGCUGACCAAAGCUGCCCAUGUGACCGCUGUGGACUUCAUGGAGAGCUUUGUGCAGAAGAACAGGGAGAACAAUGGACACCAUAGCAACGUGACUAUCGUACAAGCUGAUGUCACUAAAUUAGACUUUCCCCAGCACAGUGUCAACUUCAUCUUCUCCAAUUGGCUGCUGAUGUACCUGAGUGACGAAGAGCUGAAGACUUUAAUGGAGAAAAUGCUUAACUGGCUGCAGCCUGGUGGAUUCCUGUUUUUUCGAGAGUCCUGCAACCAUCGAUCAGGUGACAGCAAGAGAGAUUUUAACCCCACCCUGUACCGCAGCGAGGCUCAGUACACCCACCUGGUUUCAUCUCUGGAGGUGGAGGCCCCACAAGGACAGAAGUUUGGUUUUGACGUUGUGUUGAAAAAGAAAGUCCAGACUUAUGUAGAGAUGAAGAACAAUCCGAAUCAGAUCUGCUGGCUGCUUCAGAAAGUUCCGCGGUCAUCUGAGACCCAGAAAGGAUUCAACACGUUCCAGCAGUUUCUAGACAACCAGCAGUACACCAGACGCGGCAUCCUCCGCUAUGAGAAGAUGUUCGGGGCUGGCUACGUGAGCACAGGCGGACCCAGCACCACCAAGGAGUUUGUCGACCUUCUGAACUUAAAGCCUGGACAGAAGGUUCUGGAUGUUGGCUGUGGCAUUGGUGGAGGAGACUUCUACAUGGCGAAAACUUUUGGGGUGGAAGUGCUUGGCCUGGACCUGUCUGACAACAUGGUUGAAAUCGCCUCUGAGAGGGCACUAGCUGAGAAACUGCCAACAGUGCAGUUUGAGGUGGCUGAUGCCACCAAGAGGACGUUUCCUGAAGGCUCAUUUGAUGUAGUCUACAGCCGAGACACAAUCCUGCACAUUGAUGACAAACUGGCCCUCUUUAGACGCUUUCAUUCGUGGCUAAAACCAGGCGGCCAGCUGCUCAUCAGUGACUACUGUUGUGGGGAGAAACCCUGGACCCCGGCGUUUGAGUCGUAUGUCAAACAGAGAGGCUACAUCCUCUACACACCAACACAGUAUGGCAAGUUCAUUCAGGAGGCAGGAUUCUGCAAGGUCCGAGCAGAAGACCGAACAGCGCAGUUUAUCCAGGUGAUUAAAGACGAGCUGAAGAGAGCAGAGGCUAUGAAAGAUGAAUUCAUUCAGGAAUUCUCGGAGGAGGACUAUUUUGCAGUAGUAAAUGGAUGGAAAGAGAAAUUGGACCGGUCCAACACCGGAGACCAGCGAUGGGGACUUUUUCAUGCUACAAAAAACUGAGUGUUAAUAAUUCUUUUUGUUUUACAGCUACUUUCACUGAUGACAAAUGUAUUCAGUUUGUAAAUUAUCCUGGCUUCUCACACAUUAAAGAUCAUUUUCCUUUUCCUUUA